AUGGAAGAAAUCACCGAGCUCCUCAAUAUUAUUGGCGAAGAAGUCCUUGACGUGGAAGAGGAAACAUUCCUCCUUUUCGCCCAAGAUGUCGAGAGCAACAAUUUGGGCAUGGUUGAUCCCCGCGCCCCAUCAAUAGAGCUCACAAUCAACCACAACGAAUACACAAUCCAUCAAUCACCAUCUUUACUAUCCUCCCAUCGAGCCGGAGGCACUACAGGCGCUGGUAUGUACGAUCUGCAUAACUCCUCCGCACGGACUCCCCGCAAGUUCCUCAAUCCAAGCUCCACAGUCGCCGAACUAGGAACCGGCAUUUCAGCCCUCCUAGCCCUAACCCUGUCCCCCAAAAUCAAUCACUACAUCGCUACAGACCAAGAAUACGUGCAGAAGCUAUUCCGCGCAAAUCUCGAAGCCAAUGCACCCGCAUCAACAACAGCAACUAACAAAAAGCCCAAAUCCCAAAAAUCAAAAUCAACCCCGAAACAGCCCCCAAAAUCCAAUAUCUCCUUCACAACCCUCGACUGGGAAACUGACCAGGCCGCCUCGCUGAGAGAGGAAUGUCUGGGCCCAGACCCGGACGAAGAUAAAGGCUUUGAUCUCCUCAUCUCGUGCGACUGUAUCUACAACGAAGCGCUGGUUGCGCCGUUCGUGCGCACCUGCGCGGAGAUAUGUCGGCUCAGGCCGGGCUAUGAGAAGGAGGGUGGCGAUGCGCGCAGGCCGACGGUUUGUAUCAUUGCGCAGCAGCAACGGUCGCCAGAUGUGUUUGAAGGGUGGUUGAGGGAGACGCUGAGGGAGUUUAGGGUUUGGAGGAUUGGGGAUGAGGUGCUUGGGGAGGGGUUGAGGGACACCAAGAACACCGGAACCACCCGAACACAGGAUAUGCAAAGGGGUAAACACAUGUACGAGCUACCCCCAAAACAAGGAUAA